UUCAAAUUGUUUGUUUUAGGGUAAAUAGUCUGCUGGAUUGUUCUCGCUAAAUGUGUUAAUGCAGUCGACAGCGUCCGCUUCAUUUCUGCUUAGACCGCUUUCCAAAUGUACAAACCUGAACAAUGAUGUGAAAAACGAGCAACCAUGGAAGAGGAGGGACUGAUCAACUUCAAAGCUCUGAGGGCCAAGUUUCAGGAAGACGCCCUCCUGGCUCAAUCCAAAACUAGUCGACCAGCUGUUGCAGAGAAACCUAAGCGACUUCCUCCUCCUGGAGGUCACUGCAUAUCCGUGGUUAGCGGUGUUAAUACUGCUGUAGAAAACAAGGCACCAGUGUGUCCCCGGCUCAUCUUCAGAGAUGGACUGCGGACAUCUGGAGGCAAGCGACCAAUUUCCUUUCCACCACAUCCUCAGCAGACCUCCCCCUCAUCCCAGCUCGCUAACAGAGACAGCACAACAAGGCAGCCCUACGAAGAACAACACAUGCCUCUGGUGCUUCCUGUCCUGCCAAAAGAGCAAAAGACAAAACAGCCAAUAAAAAAGGAGCACAAACUGGAAUCAGAGCAAGGGAAAGAAGUCCCGCCACUUUCUAAAAUCAAGAAGAAAGGUUUGUUGCUUCCUUUCAAGUCAGCCAAAGCAUCAAAAGUCAGUGCAGAAAACGGAGAGGAGCCUACAUACGCUGAUUUGACCACCAGACCUUCCAGUGCACCUUCUGAGUUGCCAUCUGUGGAAAAACAAACCACAGAAGAUUGGGUUUCGCUCCCUAGUGACCAAUCAAGUGUUGAGUUCUACCUCUCCAGCCCAGAUAUCCCAAUUAACUCUCCCUCUGCAGAGAGAAGUUUCGACUCCGACAACAAAAUAGUUAGCACCUUGGAGAGGGCCAAGAAGACAUUUUCACGCAGGCAGAUGUUGAUCAAACCUAAGAGCUUGUGUUCAGCUGACUAUGUAUCAAAAGACAAGGCGUACCCAUCGCCACCAAAGAACAUUGAAAGUGUCAAGCAUGAGCUACCCAUACCCCCACCAUUGUCUUUUCCACACCUGGCUUGUAUUUCGGCCCGGCCUUUCUUCAAAGCCAACAACUCUGCACACAAGUCAGCGCUGAAUAAACAGCUUGGAAGGGAUAAAGCUCAGCUUCCCUCUGUCAACAAUGGUGAACUUCAUCGAACCUCUGCUCCUCCAAAGAAGCCUCUACCUGACAUGAGGACACUGGGACAAUUGCCACCAAAGCCCCUCAGACCUCCAUUAGUAGAUCUCACCUGUUACCACCUACCCGCAGUUAACAAGGUAUCACCAGGUCUCAGCCAAGCACCAAGUGCAGAGUCAGAGUCUGAGCACCCAUCAUCUGUACUAGAAGCUCCGGAGUUUCCAGACUUUGAGAAUUCAGAUAUGGAAACAGCAGCGGGUGAAGCUGUUGACAUUGGUGCACUUGAACUGGAGGCCUUACACUUAGUCAGCACUGCCUUUCCUGUAGCAGAUGACUUCAGGGUCACUGAUUUUGAGGUUCUGCAACCUGACUUGUCAGUGUGUGAUCCUGUAGAGCCCCUCAUGACCAUUGACGUCCAAGAUCUAAACCUUGGCAGUCAAAACAUAAUACCCCUUGGUCCAGCCAGCUUCCCUGAACUAAUAAACCUUUCAGAGUUCCCAGAGCCUGCUGUACCAGAGCAGUGGUCUCAGAGUGAUGAGGGGAUCAUAGAUCCCCUUUCUAGCUCUCAAGCUGAUGAGACUGAUCCAGGAGCUGCUGAGACUUGCUCUGCUGCAGAGGAAACGGACAACAGUAACCACGCAUUAAAUGAUGGUAUUCAACCACAUCCAAGUAUAUGUCAACAGGACAGCUAUAAUGAAGGGUGUGAUAAUGUGUACGAAGACGUUGAGAACAUCAACAAAUUAAUCUUGGGCCAGAUCUCACGUAAACGAAAAAGUGGUCUGAAGAAUCCAUAUGCUGACAAGCACCCUAUGAAGGAGGAGGUGUGUCUUAACAUAUGGCCACGGAAUCCUUGGGGCAGCAUAUCAGGAGAACAUGCUCAUCCAGCCCAUAAUCUUGUCCACAGUAAGGAAUGCCAAAGCCCAAACACUGUAGACCAUAAAGAACAGAAGAAGAGGGAGAAGCAGCGACUGGAGAAGGAGAAAAAGGAGCAAAAAGAGAGGGAUAAGAAGGAAAAUGAAAUGAAAAAGAAGUUUAAAGUGACGGGCGAAGAGGAGCCCAUGUACCAUGCCAAGGUGAUGGUGGCUAGUAAGGUUCGCAAGAAUGACUUGCCUGUGAAGAGCGGAGACACAGUCAGCAUCAUUCGCACCACCAACUGCCCCAAAGGCAAAUGGUUGGCCCGGAACACCAACAACAAGUAUGGUUAUAUUUCAGUGAUGAAUGUGGAACUAAAUAUCAAGGAGAUGCUGGAGCUUGGCAAGAAGGCCCAGGCAGCUGGACGAGGAGGCAACCUAGAGGAAGAUACCAUAAGCAUUGGGAGCAGAUCCUCUAACCACCCUGUACUAACAAGCAGUUUCACAGAUGACAGUGAGGAGUGGGCAUGUGAAGAUGAGACACUCUCAUUCUCCAAUGAAAGCCAUAGCUUUCCCCAGCAGACUGCCUCAAUGCCUGAGAUGUCAUGUGGCCAUGUCAGCGCCCAGCACACUCUGAGCGAUGCCAACAUGGAGGAUCUACACACACAGACCAGACAUGAGGCCCUGCAGAAACUAGCCAUCUUUUUUAAACACCGCAAAGAUGAAUUUGGAGACAUCCCUGAUAGUGGAGGAACAACCCCUACAAAGUACAUGCUGAGCCACCAAACUUCUUGUGUGCUGUUGAGGAGCCUCCAUAUCCUGAACAGGAGGUUGACUUUACAGAGCUGGAACUCCUUCCUCCCCCGCCACUAUAUGCCGACACCUUCUGAUUACCACAUCCGGUGAACCAGGAAACGUCGGCAUUAAAAACUGAAACUGUACAGUACACCUGUUGGGAUUUAAUACCAUGAAGAAUAUCUGCCAUCAAAACCAGUUUGUCAUUUAUUCAUGUUUUUUGAUGUCUACAGUGGAGAAAAGAAACCAUCACAAGUAGCUGCUGAUGUGACCUUUGUGUUUAGUUUGUUGUGCAUACUGGUGCAUUUACACAUUUACACACACACCCUUUUUUUUGUUGUUCAUUCUCUGAUGUUACUGUAACUGUUAAUGGAGCACAAAUUGAAUCAUUGCAUUUUAUCCAAAAUCAAUGACAUAAUGGAGCCAACUGUUCACUUAUAGUAGCUUACAUUUAAAGAUUGGUUUGUGAAUGUGUUCUCUGCAUUGGGAAUUUCUUUCGUUUCUGUUACAACUAAUAAAUAUUUGUCAUUGA